GACCAGCAGGGGGCAGCAGCGGCUGUUCAGAUAAGCUCCACACCGGCAGAGGCUCCGCGCAGCGCCGCAGCGUCUCUGAGCAUCAGCCGGGUUAGAGCGAGCACAGAGGAGACUCCGCCCCCUCGGCUCCAACAUGGCGGACAUCAAGAACUUCCUGUACGCCUGGUGCGGGAAGAAGAAGCUCACGCCCAACUACGACAUCCGAGCCGCAGGGAACAAGAACAGACAGAAGUUCCUGUGUGAGGUGCGAGUGGACGGCUUCAACUACACAGGGAUGGGAAACUCGACCAACAAGAAGGACGCUCAGUCCAACGCCGCCCGAGACUUCGUCAACUACCUGGUCAGGAUGGGGGAGAUGAACGCUGCCGAGGUGCCUGCUCUCGGGGUCAGUGUCCCAGAUGGACCUCAGCACCAGGGAGGAGGAGGAGGAGGAGGAGGAGGAGGAGGAGGGUUUGGAAACCUGCCUGCUAGCGGCCCGCUGCCUCCUCACCUGGUGGUCAAAACAGAGCAAGAUGACGGCUCUGGGCCGGUCCCAGGAGUGACGGGUUUGGGAUACUCAGGAGGAGGAAAUGCUCCAUGGGGAGGAGGAGGAGGAGGAGGAGGAGGAGGAGGAGGAGGAGGAGGAAGAGGAGGAGGAGGAGCAGAGUGGGAGCGAGGAGCCAACCUGAAGGAGUACUACGCCAGGAGAGACGAACAGGAAGCUCAGGCGACUCUGGAGUCGGAGGAGGUGGACCUGAACGCUGGUCUCCAUGGUAACUGGACGCUGGAGAACGCCAAGGCCCGUCUGAACCAGUUCUUCCAGAAGGAGAAAACCAGCGCCGAGUAUAAAUACAGCCAAGUGGGACCGGACCACAACAGGAGCUUCAUCGCUGAGAUGCAGCUGUUUGUCAAGCAACUGGGCAGAAGGAUCACGGCGCGCGAGCACGGCUCCAACAAGAAGCUGGCGGCCCAGUCGUGCGCUCUGUCUCUGGUCCGGCAGCUGUACCACCUGGGGGUGAUCGAGGCCUACACCGGCCUCACCAAGAAGAAGGAGGGGGAGACGCUUGAGGCGUUCGAGGUCAGCGUGGCUCCGGAGCUGCAGCACCAGCUGAUGGAUUUUGUAAAGGAGCUCGGAGUCCAGAUCCCCCCGCCUCCAGCAGAGGGCAGCAGCUCCGUGUCUCUGGUCCAGGGGAAGCUGGCGAGCUUCGAGCCGUCCCAGAGGCAGAGCGGGGCGGGCGUCGUGCCCUGGUCGCCCCCCCAGGUCAACUGGAACCCCUGGACCAGCAGCAACAUCGACGAGGGACCGCUGGCCUUCUGCACUCCAGAGCAGAUCAGCUCAGAUCUUCAUCAUGAACUGACCUACCAGCUGGAGCACGACGAGGACCUGCAGAAGAUCGUGCAGGAGCGCCAGCAGCUCCCCGUCCAGCAGUUUGAGGAGGAGAUCAUGGCGGCGCUGGACAGCAACCCGGUGAUCAUCAUCAGAGGAGCCACCGGCUGCGGCAAAACCACCCAGGUGCCCCAGUACAUCCUGGACCGCUUCAUCAAGGGGGGCCGCGCCGCCGACUGCAACAUCGUCGUCACCCAGCCCAGGAGGAUCAGCGCCGUGUCCGUAGCCGAGCGCGUGGCCUUUGAGAGAGCAGAGGAUCUUGGGAAAAGCUGCGGUUACAGCGUUCGCUUCGAGUCGGUCCUGCCUCGGCCGCACGCCAGCGUCCUGUUCUGCACCGUCGGCGUCCUGCUGAGGAAGCUGGAGGCUGGGAUCAGAGGCAUCAGUCACGUCAUCGUUGAUGAGAUUCAUGAGAGAGACAUCAAUACGGACUUCCUGCUGGUGGUGCUCAGAGACGUGGUGCAGACGUACCCCGACGUCCGCAUCAUCCUGAUGUCGGCCACCAUCGACACCACCAUGUUCAGAGAAUACUUCUUCAACUGUCCCAUCAUCGAGGUGUUCGGACGCACCUUCCCCGUCCAAGAGUACUUCCUGGAAGACUGCAUCCAGAUGACCAACUUUGUCCCUCCUCCUGCCGACCGCAAGAAGAAGGACAAAGACGAGGAGGGAGGAGACGACGAUACCAACUGUAACGUGAUCUGCGGCCCCGAGUACACGGCGGAGACCAAGAGCUCCAUGGCUCAGAUCAACGAGAAGGAGACGUCGUUCGAGCUGGUGGAGGCGCUGCUGCGCUACAUCGAGACGCUGCAGGUGGCCGGGGCCGUGCUCGUCUUCCUGCCCGGCUGGAACCUCAUCUACUCCAUGCAGAGGCACCUGGAGAUGAACCCGCACUUCGGAAGUAGCCGCUACCGCAUCCUGCCGCUGCACUCGCAGAUUCCCCGAGAGGAGCAGCGCCGGGUUUUCGAGCCCGUCCCCGACAACGUCACCAAGGUGAUUCUGUCCACCAACAUCGCAGAGACCAGCAUCACCAUCAACGACGUCGUCUACGUCAUCGACUCCUGCAAGCAGAAGGUGAAGCUGUUCACGUCCCACAACAACAUGACCAACUACGCCACCGUCUGGGCCUCCAAGACCAACCUGGAGCAGAGGAAGGGCCGAGCCGGCCGCGUCCGCCCCGGGUUCUGCUUCCACCUCUGCAGCCGCGCACGAUUCGAGAGGCUGGAGACUCACAUGACGCCGGAGAUCUUCAGGACGCCGCUGCACGAAGUGGCUCUGAGCAUCAAGCUGCUGCGUCUCGGCGCCAUUGGACACUUCCUGUCCAAAGCCAUCGAGCCGCCGCCGCUGGACGCCGUCAUCGAGGCCGAGCACACACUGAGAGAGCUGGACGCUCUGGACUCCAACGACGAGCUCACUCCUCUGGGUCGGAUCCUCGCCCGGCUGCCCAUCGAACCUCGACUGGGCAAGAUGAUGAUCAUGGGCUGCAUCUUCCAUGUUGGAGACGCCGUGUGCACCAUCUCAGCAGCUUCUUGUUUCCCCGAGCCGUUCAUCAACGAGGGGAAACGCCUCGGGUUCGUCCACAGGAACUUCGCCGGCAGCAGGUUCUCCGACCACGUGGCCCUGCUGUCCGUCUUCCAGGCCUGGGACGAAGUCAGGAUAAACGGCGAGGAGGCGGAGACUCGCUUCUGUGAACACAAACGCCUGAACAUGUCGACACUCAGGAUGACCUGGGAGGCCAAAGUCCAGCUGAAGGAGAUCCUGGUCAACUCUGGAUUCCCUGAAGAGUGCCUGAUGACUCAGGUGUUCAACGCGGUGGGACCGGACAACAACCUGGAUGUGGUGAUUUCCCUGCUCACCUUUGGCUCUUAUCCCAACGUCUGCUACCACAAGGAGAAGAGGAAGAUCCUGACCACCGAGGGCCGCAACGCCCUCAUCCACAAAUCCUCCGUCAACUGCCCGUUCAGCAGCCACGACAUGACCUACCCGUCACCUUUCUUCGUCUUCGGCGAGAAGAUUCGAACCCGGGCGAUCUCGGCUAAAGGCAUGACGCUGGUCAGCCCUCUGCAGCUGCUGCUGUUCGCCUGCAAGAAGAUUUCCUCCAGCGGAGACGUGGUGGAGCUGGACGACUGGAUCAAACUGAAGAUUUCCCACGAGGUGGCGGGCUGCAUCGCGACUCUGCGGGCCGCCAUGGAGGCUCUGGUGGUGGAAGUGACCAAAGACCCAGAAUACAUCCAGCAGCUGGACACGACCAACGGACGCCUGCUCAACCUGAUCAGACAGAUCUCCAAACCCUCAGCAGCCGGACUCAACCUGAUGGCCAGCAACCCCCGGUUCGGAGACGGCCCUCGUCCUCCAAAGAUGCCUCGCUUUGACGGAGGAGGAGGGGGAGGUUACCGAGGAGGAGGAGGAGGAUACCGAGGAGGAGGAGGAGGUUACAGGGGAGGCAGGGGUUAUGGAGGGGGAGGGGGAGGUUAUGGAGGCGGAGGCUACAGAGGUGGAGGGUACCGUGGAGGAGGGGGGUAUGGAGGUGGAGGAUACAGGGGAGGAGGCGGCUACAGAGGAGGAGGAGGAGGAGGUUAUGGAGGAGGGGGUGGGGGCUACAGAGGAGGCUACGGGGGUGGGGGUGGGUACAGAGGAGGAGGAGGCUAUCGAGGAGGAGGAGGAGGAGGAGGAGGAGGGUACUGACCUGUGUUUGGAUUCGUCUUGUGAUCAGGGAGGUCCAGAUCGGCACGGGAACAUCAUUUUCCGUUUGGUGAUUUGUUCAUGUGUCACACAAAUUGUAGACAAAUGUUUAACGUAGUUCAGUCCACAUUCACUUGACUGCAUUUAUAGAGAGGAGACUGACUUAGCUUUUUUGUUAAUGUUGUCCAGAAACCAGCUGUAAUGUCUUUACCAGCCACAGUGACUCAAAUCUCUAAAGUCUGUUAACACAUGAAGCUGUGCCAAGUCUUUCAAACUGAAAAGGAAAAUGUGUGUCAACACUCAAGACCAACAUGCACAAUAAGAACAGACUGUGGCUCAGACAGCAGCUUUCUGCUAAAGGUUGAACAUUUAUUCCAGCAGCAUCAUCAUCAGCUGUUUGACAGUAGAGGUCAGAGGUCAGUUAUUUAUGUCGGUAAUGUCUACCUGCAGAAACCACCUGCAACAUUCAGUCAAUAUUUGUAGAUAUGCCCAUCAUGGCCUGUGUUGAUAUUGAUUUGACUGUAUUUUGUUGAUUUUCAUCAACCAGGAACUGUUUUCAUCAUCAAUAAAUAUUUUCAUUU